AUGGCACCGAGCAACGACGAACCAACUGUGCUGAUUGUUGGUGCUGGCACCUUCGGCACUUCCACGGCGUAUCAUUUGAGCCACCAGUACAAGGAUCCAUCGCGCAUCACGAUCAUAGAUCGCUGGGAGCCGAUGGCACCACUUGCUGAGAAGCAGGCUGCGGCCAUUGACACGAAUCGCAUCAUACGUACAGACUAUGAGUCGCCAAUGUACUGCAACCUUGCCAACGAAGCCAUACAUCCAUGGUUUUGGAACAUGGCGGUCCAAGGCCACUUCCAUAAAACGGGAUGGACCGUCCUCGACAAGAAAGAGGGAGACUUUGGCGACAAGGUGCGCAAGACGUUCCUGGAAAGAGGCGGAGAUUAUACCAGGGACGUCAGCGUGGAUGAGUUGACGAAGUACGAUGUUCUCAAGGAUCUUUGCAGUGGUGCUGAGAUGGGCAAGGGAUAUUUCAACCCCGAAGCUGGCUGGUGUGAUGCGGAACGCGCGACGAUGAGCUUUCUCAGAGUUGCGACCGACAAAGGCGUACAGCGCGUGACUUGCGAAGUAACGGAACUCACUCUAGAUACCUCCCAAGGUCGAGUGACGGGCGUGCGCACAUCAUCUGGAGAGGCGUACACCGCCGACAAGAUUGUUCUUGCAAUGGGCGCCUGGACAAGCGCGUUGCUCUCGCCCAUCGAAGACGCUUUACAGCUCCCAGAGCAGGAUUGCAUCGAGCGUCAGAUCACCGCGGUAGGACGGUUGUCCGCGUAUUACACCCUUAGCGAGUCGGAAACGCAGAGCAUCAUGGACUCCAAGAUGCCUGUCGUAGUCAUUGGCGGGCAGGUGGACAUCAUCCCGCCGAGCCAGCUGAAGCGCACUCUGAAGAUCAACGACUUACAAACUGAGGUCGUUCAUUCAACCACGACACGCUCGGGAAAGAAGAUCACCGUCCCACCUCGCAUGGUCCAGGCGCAUGUACCUGAAGGGUUGAAGAAGGAGAGCGCAGAAGUGAUGCGCAAAGCAAUGCCGCAUUUCACGUCCACCCACACUCCCUCGCGAUGGCGCAUCUGCUUCGAUGCCGUCACGCCGACUGAAGACUGGCUUCUGUGCCGCCAUCCGCACGAGUCUCUCGACAACGUGACUAUUGCGACGGGUGGAAGCUUUCAUUCAUACAAGUUCCUGCCCGUCGCAGGGAAGUAUGUAGCGAAAGUGCUCCAAGGCGAAAGCUGCGGCGAAGAGAGGGAUCGCGCGUGGAAAUGGAAGACCGAAGCUGAGAGAAUAACUGGGGGCGGGCUGGAGUUUGGAAAAAGCGGAAGCAAGAGAGUAGACCUAAGAAAAGAGCUGCUUCUCAACGAUAGCAGAUCGAAACUUUAG